GUCCGUGCUCCACUGUGUGGGGUAUACUUGGACCCAAGCUCCAGCUUGCUAAUAAACCGUUGUGCCCUUGCAUCGGUGUCGGCUCCUUGGUGGUUUCUCGGAUUUGCAAUCUUGGGCACAACAGUUUUGAUAUGUGUUAUAACCUAGACUGCAAUCUAUUUUGUUGAAUAUACCCUUUAAGUUGAGAAGAAUGUGUUCUGCUGCUCGAUGGAGUGUUCUAGAAAUAGACACACACAGAGAGAGGCAAAGACAUCGGCAGAGGGAGAAGCAAGCUCUCUGUGAGAAGCCCGGUGUGAGACUCAAUCCCAGGACCCUGGGAUCAUGCCCGGAGUCAAAGACAGACAGACACUCAACUGCUGAACCACCCAGGCGUCCCUGAUCAUUCUACAUUUAAAGUAGAUGUGCUGUUCCAUUUGGAAGUCAAGUCUGGUGCCAUCUAAGUGGAGUCCUGCUGCAAGAGACUUGAGAACACCCUCCUCCUUCAUUUGUGGGACAUCAAAGGCUCCAGACAAUGUGAAAAUUUCCCUUUAAUUUAUUAUAGGAACCCAGAAUAUCAUAUGGACCCCUCUCUGGGUAGCAAAGAAAGGCUUUGUGCACAUAAUGGAGAAUGACAGUUGGGUCCAUAAGCAAUGCAAUGUUUAUAACUGGAGAUGAUAGAAGAGGAGUACAUGCCGGCUAUAUUGCAUAUAAGAGCUUUCUUAUAAAACAUCAUUAUAGAUGCGGCAAAGGAAGCCAUUGAGGGUUCGGUCGCAGUUUUCGGAGAUGCCGCCCAAGGAAAAGAGCGGUUCCAGGAAAGGGAGGAAAGGGGGAGCCGCCUCCGGGAGUGACAGUUCUGACAAGAAGGCCCAGGGUCCCAAAGGUGGUGGUAAUACAAUAAAGGUUAGACACUUUCUGUGUGAAAAACAUGGGAAAAUCAUGGAAGCCAUGGAAAAGUUAAAGUCUGGAAUGAGAUUCAAUGAAGUGGCCACACAGUAUAGUGAAGAUAAAGCCAGGCAAGGGGGCGACUUGGGUUGGAUGACCAGAGGUUCCAUGGUGGGACCAUUUCAAGAAGCAGCAUUUGCCUUGCCUGUAAGUGGGCCAGAUGAGCCUGUGUUUACCGACCCUCCAAUUAGGACAAAAUUUGGAUAUCAUAUUAUUAUGGUUGAAGGGAGAAAAUAAAAUGGUAUGAAAGACUGAAAAAAAA